CAUCAUCGACGUCAACCUCAUCCCCGCACUUUCCUCCGUUCCCCAAGGGACAACUCCAAGCACACCAAAGACAUCAGGCUACCGAAUGGCUUCCAAGCAGGUGACCAAGAGGUUGCUACAUGAGUUACGCUCAUAUGAAAAGGACCCAAGUGAUGCACUACUCCAUCUCGGUCCCAUCAACGACGAAGAACUGACCCACUGGACUGCUGUACUCAGAGGAGUGGAAGGCACCGCAUACCAAAACACAUAUCCCAACAAACCUCCUACCAUCACAUUCGUCACCCCCAUCUGCCAUCCGAAUGUACAUUUCAAAACUGGAGAGAUAUGUCUGGAUCUGCUCAAGUCUAGUUGGAGCCCCGUGUAUUCCGUCCGACAGACUUUAGAGGCCGUGCAGCAACUUCUCACUUCUGCCGAGCCUGACAGUCCCCUGAACAUCGACGCGGCCCAACUAUUACGCCAGGGUGAUCAGCUGGGCUAUGAAGCCUUGGUGCGUUUCUAUACCAAAACGUUGCGGUGGAACGGAGAG